GGACCUUGCUUUGUGCACUGGUGUGCAGUCAUGUUGGAACAGGAAGGGGUCAUCCCCAAACUGUUCCCACAAAGCUGGGAGCAUGAAAUUGUCCAAAAUGUCAUGGUAUGCUGAAGCAUUAAGAGUUCCUUUCACUUGAACUAAGGGGCCAAGCCCAACCCCUGAAUUCAAUGGUUUAGGGGGUGUCCCAAUACUUUUGCCAAUAUAGUGUAAGUUAAUUCCAGUCAGUGUAAUAAUGUGUUUUUUAUUUAAAGAAAUGUCGUGUUUAACAGUACUUUAUUCUGGCUUUCCCCUGCUACUCUAUAAAUAGUUCGAGGUAUCUGUGUUUCACUCUCCUGCCUGUCACUCUCCGGAACCGCAGACAAAAUGAAGCCUCGGUUUCUUACCGCGCUGCACCGCAACGACUCUGAGGAGGUAGAUGAAAUCCUCCGCACCAGCAACUUUGAUGUAGACACCGUGUUCGACGUGGAGGACAGGAGAAGAGUCCUGGCGUCUUAUAAACAAGGUUACUGGCUACCAGACUAUAAGCUGGAGUCCUCCUGGGCGAUGGGCAUUCACAUAUGCAUGAUGCACAAUGCAGUAGAGAGUGCCUUAGUGCUCUUGCAGAGGGGAGCAGCAGUGAACAGGAAGCCCAAUGGGAAAACACCUCUGCAUGUGGCUUGUGAACUGUCUCAUGCUGACUGUGUAAGUCUGCUGCUCAACUGGGGGGCAAAAAUCAACAGCAUGUCCCUGAGUGGUCACACCCCACUGCAUUACUGCAUCACACAGGAGUCAGUGGACUGCGCCAGACAGCUGAUACUCAAAGGAGCAGACGUGAACAAGCCAAGCCAGAACAAUGAUGAGGACACUCCAUUACACACAGCAGCACGACUCGGUGUCUCUGAGCUGGUUGGCCUUUACGCUGUGCAUGGUGCCGAUGUGAAUGCGCCCAAUGCCCAUAUGGAGACCCCUUUGAUCACGGCUGCAUUCUGGGCUAUGGAUGCUCGUGAGCAGACUUACAGCGAGCAGCACCAUCUUGUGUGCCGCAUGCUGCUGGAUUAUGGAGCUAACCCAAACCUCCAAGAACAAGACAAAAAAACAGCGUUGCACAAAGCUUCAUGGAACUGUGACCAGGCACUGAUGCAGAUUCUGCUUGAUGCUGGGGCCGAUCCCUCCAUGAUGGACAUGAACGGCUGUGCAGCCAUUCAGUAUGUUCUAAAUACAGUGCAGAUGAGACCUUACUGUGUACCAUAUCGCUGCUUCCAGCUCCUGCUUAACUACGGAGCAGCCAGAGUUUACCCAAAACAGUUCCACAAGGUGCUGCAGAUUUGCCAUAAUGACCCCAAGACAGUUGAGGUGAUGAUAAAUUCCUACGAGCAUAUCAUGAGUACCACAAAAUGGAGGGAAGCUAUUCCUGAAGAAAUAUACAAGCGUCACGGGAAGUUUUAUGACUCGUUGUUUGCUGCCUGCUCCAGUCCGCGUUCUCUGCAACACCUGGCCAGAUGUGCCAUCCGAAUGGCGAUGCGCUGCACUGACUCAGGCAUUAAUCAACUCCCAGUGCCUCCACCAAUCAAACGAUACAUACUACUCGAACCUGUGGGAAUCAUAUACUAGUAACCGUAUUGGCCCAAAGGUGAAUUUACAGUGUGGUAAUCUCAAACUCUGUUUACCUUAAUAGAAGUGCUCUCAGGAAAAUACUAGAGUUUACACUGUAGCUUUGGCCAUAUCUACAGUAUUUUAUUGUUAUAAUAUACACUGCCAGUUUAUACAACACCCUUUAUUAACAUUUCAAUUUAAAUGACAACGAACAGGGUGACACUCGAGAAACUCUAAACAGAAAUAAAUAGAAACUCUAAGCAGGAAAUAGGUAUUAAUGAAGAGAAAUGUGUUUGUUUGAGAAACAGUUAUUUUAUUGGGCAAAAAUCUCAAGCUAAUGUGAAAAUGUUUCUGAAUCACUGUAGCACACACCAUAUAUUCUUGCUGAUAAGAAGCUGAUGUUAACUAUGAGACAAAAUCAGCCUUAUGCUAACUAACACCAAAGCUCCACCAAAUGAGAACACUCGCCUUUAACAGCUCUCAUUUAGAAUCAUAUUAGAAUCUGGA